CCAAUCCGCGCCCACCGCCCACGGGCAGUUUUGUCAUUUUCCACGCACAGAAGCUCGCUCGCGUUCUCUCUCUCUGGUAUCCCCCACCUCUAUCAAAACCCUAAUCCCCUCUCUCCGUCCAUCUCCUCCUCUCCAUCUUGCUCUGUCCAUUGUUCGCGAUUCUACCUUUUGGGGGAAAGAAUAAGAAAGAGGGAGAAAUGGAAGUUGUUUCUUUGCAAUAUUGAAGCUCUAUUCAUCAUAUCAAAGUGGAAUUAACGGCAUUCAAGGAACUCAAAAGAAAACCUCUUAAUUCAGCUUAGCACAAUGACCUUAUCUUCUCUUUCUACAUGUGUUAUUAAGCCUAUUAUGCCAAGUGGCAUGCUUGUAUCGAAACCAGAAUGCUUCUCCAUGGCCAAAUUCCCUCAGGGAUGCCAGCAAGAGCUUUUACGUUCCUAUUCAAGUAUCAUGUUCAAGCAUCCCAUUCUUCCUAAAUCAUUUUCCAUACCUACUAACUCGGCAUAUCGGAUUCCCUUUCCAUCAAAGGAACGAGAUGGAAAGAUGUUAUUGAGUGACAGUCGAUGCUAUUCAUUGGACAUUGAAAACUCCACUUUGUUUUCGGUCGGAGAAAAGUUUCAACUUGAUGAUGUUAUUGAGGCUCAGCAGUUUGAUAGAUAUAUUUUGAAUGCUAUAUUUGAAGUGGCUCGUGAGAUGGAGAAUAUCGAGAAGAACUCUCCCAGAAGUCAGAUAUUGAAGGGCUAUCUCAUGGCUACUCUCUUUUAUGAGCCUUCAACGAGGACUAGGCUGUCCUUUGAAUCCGCCAUGAAGCGGCUGGGCGGGGAAGUCUUGACAACAGAAAAUGCACGUGAGUUCUCAUCAGCCGCAAAAGGAGAGACACUUGAAGACACAAUAAGAACUGUUGAAGGAUAUUCGGAUAUCAUUGUCAUGAGGCACUUUGAGAGUGGUGCUGCCAGAAGAGCAGCGGCAACAGCUAGCAUUCCUGUCAUUAAUGCUGGUGAUGGUCCAGGACAACAUCCAACGCAGGCUCUUUUGGAUGUAUAUACAAUUGGAAGAGAGAUAGGCAAGCUGGAUGCCAUUACUGUGGGUCUGGUGGGAGAUCUUGCUAACGGAAGGACAGUUCGAUCACUGGCUUACUUACUUGCCAAGUACAGGGAUGUGAAGAUCUACUUUGUUGCUCCAGAUGUAGUGAAGAUGAAGGAUGACAUAAAAGACUAUCUUACAUCAAAGGGGGUCAAAUGGGAAGAAAGUGCAGACCUGAUGGAAGUGGCUUCUAAAUGUGACGUGGUCUAUCAGACGCGUAUCCAACGGGAAAGAUUCGGUGAGAGAACUCAUUUGUAUGAGGAAGCCCGAGGGAAGUACAUUGUGGAUAAGAAAGUGUUGAAUGUCAUGCAGGAGCAUGCUGUAAUCAUGCAUCCCCUCCCAAGGCUCGAUGAGAUAACUGUGGAUGUGGAUGCUGACCCAAGAGCUGCAUAUUUUAGACAAGCGAAGAAUGGUCUCUACAUUCGUAUGGCUCUUUUGAAGCUUUUACUUCUUGGCUGGUGAGGUCGUUGAUGACAUCCUCGAAAUUUUGGAAGCAUUUUGGCUGAUUGUGUACCGAAAAGAAUCUGCAGUUGGUGUACAAAAACCUGAUUUGGGAAAGAAAAGAAAAAGAAAAAAAAAUGAUCUAUUCUCCCAUCCAUGAGAAGAAGGACAAGGGGAAGGCGCAAAAAGGACAUGGGUGGGAGUAGUGAGAAAAGAUUUGAUGACCGACAGUUUAACUGAGGAUAUGGUAUGGUAGAAAGGGAUUUGUAUAGCUGUCCCCAGUUAAUUGGAAUAAGGCUUAGAUGAUGAUGAUCUAUUCUCCCAUCCCGCCUCCCCACAAGUAACCCUAGGUAAUUAGACCAAAACAGAUGGUCUUUUGAAUAAUGAGCUCACCUAAUGGUAUCUGUGGCCGUGCUCUAGAAUGUUAUGAUCCAUGCAUUCUAGAAAUUCAGCAACAAAAGAGGUCCAAUUCAGUAUUAA